AAUGGUUUCGCGUCUCGCUUUCAACCACACACACAAACACAACCGCGCCACAAAGUGUCGUCAGUUUCGCGCGGAUUCUAGUACAGGCAUAAAUAAUCGAAUUCCUGUGGCAGACGAUGGAAUCGAUUUCUCAAAAUUGUCUAGUUCAGACUUCACAAGGAAGAACAACAGAACGUGCGGUGCAACUCGAUCGAUUAGUCAGGACUGGUAAGACAUCAACGAGAGCGAAGGAAUUUUUCUUCUUAAAACUCAUGAUAAACGGUUUAUUUGAUUGAAACCACACUUAAAGCGGUGGAUUAAUGAUGCAGAGACUUGUCGGAGCGGUGCAGGUGUUGCGCUGUAGCCCCGCCCACCCCGGAAGAUCCCAAUAAGGGUGUUUUUAUUUGUUAAGGUGACGUGGAUUCGCUGUGCGCCGCUGCUGAUCUCGAGCUCUCGGCUGUUUCAUCCAAGAGCUAAACGCAAAGAUCGGAUGUCUUCAAUCACCAGCAAUGUCCGGGUAUGAUAUUACACAUACGGGAGUGCUGUUGACUGGAUUUUGAAAAGAAAGAAGCCAUUCUGAGGAAUCGGAGGAAGCAUCUGAAACAGCUGAAGACGUUGGAAAGAUGGGCCUAUUUUUGCAUUAGGAGACUCAAUAAAACCUGAUUUCGGUAACACUUUAUUUUACAGUGCCCUUGUUGCACACGUUGUACUUUCUAUAGGAAUAUCAGUUAAUUAUGCAUGAUUUCAAGCAACUAAACCAAACCCCAACACUGUAGUGUUGUCAUGACAGCAAGACUGGAAUGUUCAGGCCCGUGUGUCGCUGGUCGAUCCAUGAGGCUCUGUGUGCUGAUUCUGUGCUUGCUGCCUCGCUUUGGCUGGGCAGUCGGUUACAAACAAGGCGAUCCGGUGAUCCUGUACGUUAACAAAGUUGGUCCGUAUCACAACCCCCAGGAAACCUAUCACUAUUACACCCUGCCAGUCUGUAGACCUAAAGAGGUCCGGCAUAAAGCCUUGAGUCUGGGAGAGGUGUUGGAUGGAGACCGUAUGGCUGAGUCUCUUUACAACAUCCGUUUCAAGGAAAACACUGAGAGACAGAUGCUGUGCAAGCUCACUCUCUCUGAGAAAGAGGUGGAUCAGUUGCGAGAGGCGAUCGAGGAGCUGUAUUACUUCGAGUUUGUCCUAGAUGACAUUCCCAUCUGGGGUUUUGUGGGAUACAUGGAAGAGAGUGGAUUCCUACCUCACAGCCACAAGGUGGGGUUGUGGACACACUUGGAUUUCAAUAUAGAGUACAACGGCGACUCUGUGAUCUUCGCCAACGUGUCUGUGAAGGACGUGAAGCCAGAGCCAUUAGAGGAAGGUGGGGGAGGCCAUGGUGUCGGCAGCGGUGGUCUGACGGUCACUCACACCUACAGCGUGCGCUGGUUUGAGAGUACGUUGCCCCAUUCGCGCAGGGCAGAGCGCCUUAGAGACUAUUCCUUCUUUCCUAAGACUCUGGAAAUCCACUGGCUGUCCAUCAUCAACUCACUAGUGCUGGUGGUGCUGCUGCUGGGCUUCGUCAUCAUCAUCCUCAUGAGGGUGCUGAAGAACGACUUUGCCAGGUAUAAUGUAGAGGAAGAUGGUGGCUGUGACGACCUGGAUCAGGGGGAUAACGGAUGGAAAAUCAUCCACACAGAUGUCUUUCGCUUCCCACCAUAUAAGAGCCUCCUGUGUGCUGUAUUAGGGGUCGGGGCGCAGUUUCUGACUCUGGUCACAGGAAUCAUUGUCAUGGCACUGCUGGGGAUGUUUAACGUCCAUCGUCAUGGUGCCAUAAACUCGGCAGCGAUUGUAUUGUACGCUCUGACCAGCUGUGUGUCAGGUUACUGUUCCUGCAGCUUCUACACACAGAUUCAGGGCCAGCGCUGGGUCUGGAAUAUUAUCCUCACCUCCGCGCUCUUCUCUGCCCCUCUCUUUUUCACCUGGAGUGUGGUGAACUCUGUUCACUGGUGGAGUGGAUCGACUCAGGCCCUGCCUGCCACCACUGUGCUUCUGCUGCUUGGUGCCUGGGUGCUGGUGGGUUUCCCCCUCACCGUCAUUGGUGGAAUCGUUGGAAAGAACAGAGCAGGCAACUUCCAGGCCCCGUGUCGCACACGUAACAUACCUCGCCAGAUCCCCCAGCAGCCCUGGUACAAACACACGGCUGUGCACAUGGCCAUCGGAGGCUUCCUGCCUUUCAGUGCCAUCUCAGUAGAACUGUACUACAUCUUUGCCACCGCGUGGGGUCGUGAACACUACACACUCUACGGCAUCCUGUUGUGUGUGUUUGCCAUCCUGCUCUCAGUGGGCGCCUGCAUCUCUGUGGCCCUCACCUACUUCCUGCUCUCAGGCGAGGACUACCGCUGGUGGUGGAGAAGUGUUCUUAGCACCGGCUCCACUGGCAUCUUUAUAUUUGUUUACUCUCUCUUCUACUACCACAAUCGCUCCAACAUGAGCGGCCUUGUACAGAGCGUCGAAUUCUUUGGAUAUUCCUUGCUCACUGCAUUUGUUUUCUCGCUCAUGCUGGGAACGGUCUCCUUCUGGGCUUCUCUGGCUUUUAUUCGUUACAUCUACCGUAGCCUUAAGAUGGACUGAGUUUGUUUCCUCUCAAGCAGAGCCCCUCAAAUGGGGAAGAGACUCAUGGACCAGGUCCUCGUGGAACCCUGCAUGUGCAGGUUUUGUGUUGCUGAAGUAUCAAACUAUCAAAGCUGUUUCUGAUGCCAGUCUUAAAAGGAAGGGAAUAGACAAUGUGACUGACUAAAGACUAAUUUUAUUUUGUUUUGCUCACCAACACCCUGACACUUAAUUCACAUAUAUAUAUAUAUAUGUUGCUAGAUUAUAUGCACAUCAAAUACAGACGUAUUUGAGAGUCAUUUUGGAUCGUUUGUGCGGAACUGGAAAGCUUUUCAUACUUCAAAUGUUGCAUACCAAGUAUCCAAGACUUGAAUGUUGCGUUUUGGAUUUUGUUAAUGUAGUGAACAUGACUAAAAUGAUUAAAUGUCAGUUUCAAAACAUAAUGGGAAAGAAUCAGAGGCCUUCAUACGUAUCUAUUGUUUCAAAAGACCAUUGAGGAAAUAAAGCACUUAUAUGUACUGUAGAUGGGUUUACUUGAUGAGUAUAGGUGGAUGUUGGUUAUAUGGAAGGAUAUUAUAAUCGUUGAGCUAAAGAGAUGUCAUAUUGUGUUCAAAGGGUGCCGUAUACACAUUUUGACCAAAAGAGCAGUUUUGGAGUGAAGAUUUAACAUGAGCAAGCUGAAGAAAUGAAGAACUGAUUAUGGAAGCAAUACCAUGCUCUAAAGUCGCCAUCAACUGUGAUCUGUUGAAAUGUAAAUAUACUGUUUUCAAUAAAGUCACUUUUAUUACAGUAAGAGAAAUAAAUGGGGGUGAAAUGCAACAACGCUGGUGUCUAUCAUAUAAAUGUAAAUUGAAAAUGGCGGUGUUAAUUGAUUUCAAGCUCACUCUCAAACAUGUCUUGCCCUUUUGACCCUUGUUCUUAUACACUACCGUUACAAAGUUU